GGUUCUAGCUGGCAGCAGGGUCCCUGACAUUAGAGUUGCUCUCUGGCCGCCUGCUGUCUGGACCAUGGCUGCACAGCAGGUAAAAGUUCUGUUGGCUCUCGCCUCCCUGGGUGUCGCAUCUAAACCGGACUGUAAAGAGCUGGUUAAACCUCUGGUGCUGGACAGCCACAGCCCUAUAUAUGGAAAGUGGGUGCUUCACGUGGCAUCCUGGGACGAUCCGGCCCUGAAGCGCGACAUACUGUCGGUGAACAGCUCCUGGGUGGAUGUGUCAGCUUCCUCGGAGAGCGGAGUCAUCACCAUCUACUGGGCCGACCGCCUAAAUGAAGAUAAAUGCCUCCAGGGUAUAGCCAACGCCACCAUCUCAGGAAUGACAAGUCACACCACCUAUAAUAUCAAUGGUCACACCUCCUACCAUGACGGGAAGUACUAUGAGACCUGCAGCGACUGCCUCCUGUCCGAAGACACCACUCUCCUCCCCGACGGCAAGUCAAAGGGACGAUACUUUUUCCUGUUUACACGGACCGGAGCUCUGGGGCCAUCUGAGUUGGAGACCUUCAAGAAGCAGGCAGAAUGUCUUAAAUUCCUCCCAGAGUACCACUUCACAAGCACAGAUCUGUGCCCUGAUGAGAAGGCAAUUGCGUCACCUGCUGUCCAGAGUACAGAGAACGAGCCACCUGAGAUUAAGCCGAAUACACAGUAACAUAGAACACAGAGUCAGCACAGUCCCGUGAACACC